UAACCAAAUAAUGUUAAUACAAGAGGGGAAACAAAAUACCGGACGACGGGCGUAUUUAUGUUUUUAAACGCCCAAACUCAUUACUGGGUUCCGAGAGGAAUAGCUUAUUCAUACACAACCGUUAUGACAGACAAGCCUUGCUUUGACCCCCCGAUACGAAAUGAUAUAUCCCGAUAAGUGACGUAAUUAGCUUCCAUUUUUGUUAUUUCUCGGUGUCAAAGUUUGUGAUGAGUUCAAUUUUACAAGAGAGAACUUUUUUAUUCGCCAGGACAUAUAGUUGUACAAUGGAUUUUAUAUAACCGGGGGUAAUUUCAAUCACCCAGUAGGAAGAAUUACGGGAUACAUGUAAUAAGUGAUUUAUACUAAUCAUGUAACUACAGUAAAAUUCAAGAGGUUUGUAGCUGCAGCAUCAUGGCAGGUUGGGAUGGAGCAGGUGGGAGAUCGGAACCUGAUGAAUUUAUGCGUCCUCCUAGAUCUCCACGACAUAGAAUGCCGAGACCACCAAGUACUCUCUUACCAGACACAGAAGAACAUGUUAGACAGCAGACAUCGGAUGUGUUUAGAAACUUUAUAUUUCAAUCCUAUAGACAGGAUCAGAUAAGACAAGAAUAUGACAAUAUGCCUUCAGUUCCAGUAGAACUAACCAAUAUUAGUCCAACACCACAGAGCCCAUCUGCUGAAAUUGGUCGACAAUUAGCUAGAAUAGGAGAUGAUAUUAAUGAACAGUAUGCUGAUGUGUUUAAUGAUAUGAUUCGUAAAUUAAAUUUAACACCUGAUACAGCUUAUGAAGCCUUUGAAGGUGUAGCCAGAAAGUUGUUAGAAAAUGAGAUGAACUGGGGACGUAUUUGUAUGUUAUUAUUUUUUGGUUAUAGAAUGGCUAUGUCUGUGUUAAGAACACAUUUUAACCAGUUUUCCAAUUUCUUAGGAAGGAUAACACAAUAUGUUGUUCGAUUUAUUGUCAGAUCAAAAAUUGCAAAAUGGAUAGCUGAUCAUGGUGGUUGGAGAGGAGCAUUAUCAUUUGUCCCUUCGUCAACAGUAGGACAAGUAAUAUUUGUAGGUGGUUUGGCAUGUGUAUCAGUUUUAGCUGUUUUUUAUUUUAAUAGUAACUGAUUUUUUAUGGUAUUUAGAAGAAACAGAAUAGUAAUAGAGAUUAAAAAAUAUUUUUAAAACUAUAAUCAUAGCCACUGAUUCCAUCAUUGCCAAUGAGAUCAUUCCUCUUACACUGGUGGAUGAAUGAAAUGAUAAGAUAGAAUGAAAUUAGAAGAAUGAUUGAAUAGAAACAAAAGUGUAUUUUUUAAAAAACAGAAUUUAUGUUCACCUUGGGGUCAGGCAAUUGAAGUGUUGAGUACAUGCUUGGUUGAUAUUUUCUGUUACUAACAAAGUAAACUUUUUUGUCCCCCGCCUUUCGAAGAAAGCAGGAGACUAUUAAAAUGGGUUCGUCCGUCUGUCUGUCUGUCUUUCUGUCCGUCCGUCUGUCUGUCUGUCCAUCCAUCACACUUUUGGGACACAAUAACUCUCCUUCUAAUUGACCUAGAAUGUUCAAACUUGGUGUAGGUGUUUAUUAGGUCAAUGCCUUGAUGGAGUUCGAAGAUGAGCAUUUUCUGCUUAGGGUAAGCAGAGAUAAGCAAUUUGAUUGAUUGAUGCUUUGGGACACGAUAAUUUUAGUUCUAAUUAAGUGAGAGUGAUGAAACUUGGUGUAUAGUUUCAUUACAUCAAUACCUUGACUAAGUUCGAUAAUGAGCAUUUUCUGCUCAGGGUAAGCAGAGUGGUAAGCAAUUUGAUUGGCCGAGACUUUGGAACACAAUAACUCUCCUUCUAAUUGAGCUAAAAUUUUCAAACUUGGUGUAGGUGUUUAUUAGGUCAAUGCCUUGAUGAAGUGUGAAGAUGAGCAUUUUCUGCUUAGGGUAAGUAGAGAUAAGCAAUUUGAUUGGUUGAUGCUUGGGACACGAUAACUUUAGUUCCAAUUAAGUGAGAGUGAUGAAACUUGGUGUAUAGUUUUAUUACAUCAAUACCUUGACUAAGUUCGAUAUUGAGCAUUUUCUGCUCAGGGAAAGGCAGAUUGAUAAGCAAUUUGAUUGGCUGAGACUUUCGAACACAAUAACUCUCCUUCUAAUUGAGCUAGAAUGUUCAAACUUGGUGUAGGUGUUUAUGAGGUCAAUGCCUUGAUAGAGUGCUAAGAUGAGCAUUUUCUGCUUAUGGUAAGUAGAGAUAAGCAAUUUGAUUGGUUGAUGCUUUGGGACACGAUAACUUUAGUUCUAAUUAAGUGAGAGUGAUGAAACUUAGUGUAUAGUUUCAUUACAUCAAUACCUUGACUAAGUUUGAUGAUGAGAAUUGUCUGCUUAGGCUAAGGAGCAAUAAGCAUUUUGAUUGGUCAAGACUUUGGAACAUAACAACUCUGCUUAUAAUUGAGGUAGAAUGUUUAAACUUGAUGUAGAUAUUCAAUGAUUAACAUAUCAAGCUAAAGCUAAGCAGAGAUAAGCAAUUUCCUUGGUCGAUGCUUUGGGACAAGAUAACUUUGAUUCUAUCUGAUAGAGAGUGAUGAAACUUGGUGUAUAGUUAAUAAUCAGUUUGAUUGCCCGAAACUUGAAAAAAAUAGAUGUGCGAUUAAUUAAUAUGUGUCAUCUAUUUAUUUGGGGAUUUCAGUGGGGGACAUCAGCCUCACUGUUGGCUUGUUGUAUUGGAAAAGUAAACCACUUAGACAUAAAAAAGCUUUACAAAAGGACUUGAUGAUACAGGUUCAUGCGCUUCAACUUAUAAUAAGCUGCAAGACAUGAUCUAUCCACCUUGUAUGAUUUUUUUCUACUUAACAAUUCUUGUGAUAUAUUAUUGCUCAAAUACAAAUGAUACAAAGAUGAAUUAAAAUUAUUUAAAUUAAUUUGUACGGAAUUAUUGACAUUUGAGUGUUUGUAAUGUGAAUUAUUUUAGAUACCAGUAGAUGAUAUUUUAAUAUGAUUAUAUGUUAAUUGCUCUCUACAAUUCUAAGAGUAACUUGUUUUCAUUUCAUUUCAAUGCUUAAUUUUAUUUAGUAUCUUAUUACUAAAUAUUAAUGAAUGUUAAUCUGGGUCUCAUAUUAAAUGUUAUAAGAUUGAUCUCAAAUCAAAAUGUGUAUACCAGUAGUAUUGUAAUACUGUUAGCUCAGUGACAAUAUACGUCUAGAUAUAUAUAUAUAUAUACUCAUCAAAAGACUGCUGAAGUGGUCACAAUAAGAUAUUAUAGCCUACAUAUCAAACCAUGCCACUAACUAAGAAAAAUAAUUCUGUUGCUUCCAUUCCAGAAACAUUUUUAUAAGCCCACAUUUUCAUGUGGACGUAUAUUGUCAUCGCCCCUGUUCGUCCGUCCAUCGGUCCGUCCACAAUUGUUUGUGGACACUCUGCAGGUCACAAUUCUUAUCCGAUUUUGACGAAACUUGAAAUAUAGGUUUAUCUCCAAAAGAUCUCGGCUGCUUUCGAUAUUGGCAUGUAUCGGAUCGAAACUUCAUGGAUUAUGGCCCCUGUUUGUACGAAAAAUCACAUUUUUAGCUUGUGGACCCUAUAGAGAUCACAAUUUUUAUACGCCCACAUUUUCAUGUGGACGUAUUAUGCCGUCGCACAUUGUCCGUCCAUCCACGGUUUGUUUGUGGACACUCUACAGGUCACAAUUCUUAUCCGAUUUUGACGAAACUUGAAAUAUAGGUUUAUCUCCAAAAGAUCUCGGCUGCUUUUGAUAUUGGCAUGUAUCGGAUCGAAACUUCAUGGAUUAUGGCCCCUGUUUGUACGAAAAGUCACGUUUUUAGCUUGUGGACCGACCCUAUAGAGGUCACAAUUUUUAUCCGAUUUUGUUGAAACUUGAAAUGUAGGUUUAUAACCUAAAAAUCACGUUUUUAGCUUGUGAACCCUAUAGAGGUCAUAAUUUUUAUCCGAUUUAAAAAAACGUAUUAUUAUAUCACCGUUACACCCUAAGGAUGGCUGAGUUCGAAUUUUGUGAAAAUUGGCCGAAAAUUGACAGAUAAAAUGGCCGCCGUUUGUUCUCAAAUAGCGUAAAAAUAUGGUAUAUCAAGGUCGUGGACCCUAUAGAGGUCACAAUUUUUGUUCGAUUUUGUUAAAAUUUGACAUGUAAGUUUAUAUCCCAAAGAUUGUACGAAAAAUCACGUUUUUAGCUUGUGGACCCUAUAGAGGUCAUAAUUUUUACCCGAUUUAAAAAAAAAAACGUUUUAGUAUAUCACCAUUACACCCUAAGGAUGGUUGAGUUCGAAUUUCGUGAAAAUCGGCCCAAAAGUAACAGACAAAAUGGCCGCCCCACGUACUCAAAUAGCGUAAAAAUAUGGUAUAUCAAGGUUGUGGACCCUAUAGAGGUCACAAUUUUUAUCCGAUUUUGUUGAAACUUGAAAUGUAAGUUUAUAACACAAAGAUCUCAGUUCCUUUCGAUAUUCGCGCAUAUUGAAUUGUAAUUUCCUGAAUUAUGGCCCUUGAUAGUAGGAAAAAUCACUUUCUUGUUAGCUUGUUCUCUAUCCAUCUCUUGCAAAAUGUGGGCGUAUCCUGCCUGGCAGCCGCUGGUUAUCCGAUUUUGUUGAAACUUGACAUGUAAGUUUAUAACCCAAAGAUCUUGAUUCCUUUCGAUAUUCGCGCAUAUCAGAUUGUAACUUCCUGAAUUAUGGCCCCUGAUUGUACGAAAAAUUGCGUUUUUAGCUUGUGGACCCUAUAGAGGUCAUAAUUUUUAUCCGAUUUAAAAAAUGUUUGAAUAUAUCACCGUUACACCCUAAGGAUGGUUGUGUUCGAAUUUCGUAAAAAUCGGACUAAAACUGACCGACAAAAUGGCUGCCCCUCGUACUCAAAUAGCGUAAAAAUAAGAUAUAUCAAGGUUGAGGACUCUCUAGAGGUCACAAUUUUAUUCUGAUUUUGAUGAAACUUAAAAUGUAAGUUUAUAUUCCAAAGAUCUUGGUUCCUUUUGAUAUUUGCACAUAUCGGAUCGUAACUUCCUGAAUUAUGGCCCCUGAUUGUACGAAAAAUUGCUUUUUGUUAGCUUGCUCUUUAUCCAUCUCUUGCAAAAUGUGGGCGUAUCCUGCCUGGCAGCCGCUGGUUAUCCGAUUUUGUUGAAACUUGACAUGUAAGUUUCAUGAAACUUGACAUGUAAGUUAUAACCCAAAGAUCUUGGUUCCUUUCGAUAUUUGCGCAUAUCGGACCGUAACUUCCUGAAUUAUGGCCCCUGAUUGUACGAAAAAUUGCGUUUUUAGCUUGUGGACCCUAUAGAGGUCAUAAUUUUUAUCCGAUUUAAGAAACGUUUGAAUAUAUCACCGUUACACCCUAAGGAUGGUUGAGUUCGAAUUUUGUAAAAAUCGGACUAAAACUGACCGACAAAAUGGCUGCCCCUCGUACUCAAAUAGCGUAAAAAUAAGAUAUAUCAAGGUUGAGGACUCUCUAGAGGUCACAAUUUUAUUCUGAUUUUGAUGAAACUUGAAAUGUAAGUUUAUAACCCAAAGAUCUUGGUUCCUUUUAAUAUUUGCGCAUAUCGGAUUGUAACUUCCUGAAUUAUGGCCCCUGAUUGUACAAAAAAUCGCUUUUUGUUUAGCUUGUUCUCUAUCCAUCUCUUGCAAAAUGUGGGCGUAUCCUGUCUGGCAGCCGCUGGUUUAUGUAUAACUAUAUAUUCUAUAUUCACGUUCAUUAAGUAUGUGUGAUUCAACUCUAUAGACAGUGUGAAGCAACACUUUUUCAAAGAACCAAGAUUGUCUUAAUCACCAAAGUGUUACAUUAGGGGGGGUUGGAUGGCCAAAUGGUUAGCAGGUGCGUGCUGUAUCAUAAGGUCUGUCAUUGAGUCAACUGGCGGGCUUUCGAUUCCCCGAUUGUACAUGACAAGGAGUAGGGUUGUCUGUCCAACCUUGUGGGUUUUCUCUGGGUCCUCUGGUUUCCUCCCACUGCUAAAUAUCCCUAUGCACAAGCGAAUUAUUGAAAUCAAAUUUAACCAUGUGUUAGUCCCAAAAUGACCUAGUUUGUGUCGAGUGGACGUUAAACCCCAUUUCUCUCCCACUUUCUGUCAGCUUAUUGUGUGCUAGCUUGACUCGUGGAGCGGUUGUUAUUGAAAGUAUUUUUAACUGUCUUUAUUUUGACUAAUAAAUAAAUAUAUGAAAAUAUUAUGGUUUACUGUCUAAGCAUGUGCAGAUUGAGAAUAAAGUAAGUUUCCUUUGAGGUAUCUCGAAAAGACAGAUGUAUAAUGUUUUUGCAACAAAUAUUUUUUUUCUGGUAAUCGCGACAUGUUUUCAAAUUGAUGUAGGAUCAUUACUUGCACGGAAUCUUUAAUACCAAUACCAUCUUUGAUUUUACAAUUUUAAUAUCUAAAAAUAGGAACACAGUAUUGAAUGAUUGUGAAUAUGAGUACUGUUGCAUGAUAAAAUGAUUAAUUAUUAAAUGUAUAUUAAGGUACUAAUUACUGCUUAUAUUAAUAAAUGAAUAAUUUAUAAGUUAUAGUAUAUCCUAAAGAUUAUUACCUGUAAAUGUAUAUAAUGAAUUUAACCUUUUUAUAACAAUGAACUUUAUGGAUUGUAUCAUAUUUCAGUUAAUAUUUCUUUCAUUCUACAACAAAAUGAAUUUUUAUAUUUUUCAUAUUUGUUAUGUUGAUUUUCUAUGGAAUAAAGAUUUGAUCUAUAUUGGUAUAAACAAAGUUCAUAUCUUAUUAUUAACAUAACUUUAAUUCCUGAUUAAAUGAUCCAAAUAGUAGGGUGUCAAACAGCUGUACAUUUUCUACUUUUUCAUGCCAAGAACAAGCUUCCAGUCCUACUCAUUCUUUCUUCUUGUGCUAAGAAGCUUAUGUAUCUCAUGAAAAAUGUCACGACCUUCCAUCUUCAAAACUGUUCUGUCUCUUAGAGCUGCAUCUCCCAGGUAACAAACUUAUUGUAUUGUCAUUUUUUAAGCCAAUUGCCAACUGCUCCAACUCUGCAGGUUUCAAAAGCUGGGGGUACAAUUAACAUUCCUGUGGAUUUGUGAGCUUUAUAUCCAGGGAUAAUGUAAGCAAACAGAGUGCAUGUAACAGAUAACUUAGUACUCUCCAAAUUUAUCUGAGUUAACCAGUUGAAUGCGCUUCUUUGAGGAAUAUUAUUCCCUAUUUUAUGGCUUGUGCCACUUGACACCCUGCAAUCAUUUAUUUCAUUGUUAAUCUUUGAUUAUGUUCUUCUGUAUUAUUUAAUGUGUAAACCUUUACUAGUAUUUUAUUUUUACUAAACCCCCCAAAAUAGUGCUAAAUAUUUGUUUUAAUUUGACUAAAAUUUGUAAAAUAGAUGAACAGUAACAUAGUUAUAAAUAUAUUUUUUUAUGUAUGAAUCGAUUAUUUCUAAUGUAUUCUAGCAUAUUAUUUCUAAUGUAUUCUAGCAUGUUGCUGAGAAAAAUAAUUAUUUUUUUAAUGACAGGCAAAAAAAUCUUCCUUUUGUUCUGAAAAAUGGUAGAUACAACCACAAGACUACAUUUUUAUACGCCAACAUUGAAAUGUGGUCGUAUAGUUUGUUCUACCGGCCGGUUAAAGUUAAUAUCCGAUUGACUUUAUACACGGUGUUUAAUGUCAUGAGAUGAAGAACCUACUGAUUUUCAGCGGUUUCCGAUAAUUAUGGCCCUUGAUCACUUCAAAAUAUCUUCUGGAUGCUCUAGAGGCUAAAGAUAAUAUCUGAUUGACUUUAAAAAUUUAUACACAGUGUUUAAGGUCAUGAGAUUGAGAAGCAAUUUUGGAUAAUUACAGCGAUUUUGGAUAAUUACUGCCAGAGUUAUGGCCCUUGGUCACUAUGAAAAAUCUUAUGGACACUCUAGAGGCUAAAGUUAAUAUCCGAUUGACUUUAAAUUUAUACGCAGUGUUUGAGGUCAUGAGACGAAGAAUCCUAUUAAUUUUCAACGAUUCCCGAUAAUUACUGCCAAAGCUAUGGCCCUUGAUUAGUUUGAAAAAUCUUGUGAUGCUCUAGAGGCUAAAGUUAUCAUCCGAUUGACUUUAGAUUGAUACACAGAGUUUAAGGUCUUGAGACGAACAAGUAUAUUGAUUUUCAAUGAAUUUUGAUAACUUGAACAGCUAAAUCCAUGAUAUUAAAUGUUUCGUAUACUGAACGCUAGCAUGGGGCAGAACUUUAUAAAAGCCAAACAAAUUCUAAUGAUUUUCUGAUAAUUACUUAAUGAGUUGUUACUCUUAAUCAGAUUUUAGUGUAUUAUUAUUAUAAAUGUUUCAUUACAGAAAAAAGUAAAAAUAUGCGACAACGUUUGUUGUCUGCCUGGAUGAUUUAGCUGCGGUGAGUGUAUGUUUCGUUGCCUGGCAACCUAUCUUUUUAAUUAUUUGCUGCAAGACCGGGUAAUUUAUUUGUUAAAUAGUAGUUUCAAAAUAAAAAGAUUAUGUCUAGUAGACCUGUACAUUUGAGGGAGCAGGUUCUCUUAAUUAUACUGAACAAUGUCAAUCUGAUAAGAUCUGGGAUUAAUUAGAUAAAUUGUAGAGUAUCAAUUGGAAAAUAACAAGCUGAAAGUUCCAUGAAGAUAACUCUUUGUUUUUCCCGGAGUAAUUAAAUUAAGGUAAAGCAUUGAUGGUAAUUUCUAUACCCUGAAACUAAGCUUUAGAAGAUAUUGUAUAUAUACUCUUCAAAAAAAAGUAGGGGAUAUUCAGAAACAAUACAAAACUGCGGAAAUGCACUGCUGUUUUUAUUAGAGGUAACCAGUGUAUGUUAAUAACAGGCCAGUUGCCUACACAUGAACAUAGAGAGUUCAUAUGGGCGGCUUAUCUGACAACCCCAUUUCACUAGCAAAGAGAUACUGUCAAAAGUGAAAAUGGACGUUUUUGAAUUUUGUCUUCCUCAGACAUUCAGCAAUUCGUCGUGGCAUGCUCCUAAUCAACCGUCCAAUCACGAUUUGGGUCAAUCUGACCCACUCCUCUUGCAGUGCCACGGCCAGUUCUUGCAGUGUUGUCGGUUGACAUUGACGUCGACGAACACGUCUCCCGAUUAUGUCCCAGACAUGCUCUAUAGGGGAAAGUUCAGGGCUCAUGGGUGACCAAAACAUAUGGACAAUAUGGUGACGCUGGAGGUAGUCAUUCACGACACGAGCGUGGUGGGCACAGGCAUUAUCAUCUUGAAAGAUGAAACGUCGACCUGCACAUUGAGCAAAGGGCAGAACUAUCGGUACCAGGAUGUGGUCAUGGUAGUACACACCAGUGACCCUUCCUUGAACGAUAUGCAAGUCCGUUCUGCCAGUCAUGGUGAUUCCUCCCCACACCAUAACAGACCCACACCCGAAUAUGUCAUGCUGUCUGACGUUAACAUGACACUCAUUUACACGCCUCCAAACGCGAGCACUUAUAUCGGUGAAAUCCAGAGUAAAUCUGAACUCAUCUGAGAACAUUACACGUGCCCAUCAACGAUUACUCCAAUUUCUAUGCUGCCUACACCAUUCAUGCCUGUUUGCCAUGUGCUGGCGAGUUAAUGGAGGCACAACACGCGGAUGUCGAGCAUGUAAAUGGGCUGCAUGUAGCCGAUUUCUAAUCUUUUGGGGUGUAACUCGAAUUCCUGAUUGGUCGUUUGUCCUCGAUUUCACAGGACCUGUGUACGAAUGUAUCGAUCCUGGGCUUGUGUAGUGGCUAUAGGACAACCUGAAUGAGGUCUAUCAUUAGCAUUGUGUGUUUGUUGGUACCAGUUCCACAGUCUGCUGAUCAUAAACUGUGACACAUUAAGCAUGUUGGCUACUGCUCGCUGUGUAGAACCCAUUUGAAGCAUGCCAAUAGCAGGUAGACUUUCAUGUUGAAGACGUCUCAUUGCAAAUAAAACGCAACACACUGAAGCAAAGAUACUCUAAACAGUAAAUCUUAUGCAAGAACCAAUAGGAAAGCAAACAUGGGUAGGAUAAACCAACACACGGUAGUUUUCAUCAACCCUUCCUUGAAGUGUCAAAUUUGUCAAUGAACCCCUCCCACUUGUAUGGCGCUAUUGCGUGUCGCAAGUGCAGCUCAGUGGUUCUGUUGGGGGCGAUAAGUUCUUCAUCUGUGAACAUACUCUCAAAGCAUGUCAAUGACUAUUUAUCAUAUCACAACCUGCAUAGGUAUUUGCAUUUCAAUAUCCCCUACUUUUUUUGAAGAGUAUAUUAGUGGGAUAACUUUCUGUAAACUACACCUUGAUGUGGAUUAGGAGAAUGAAUAGCUAUAGGUCAUUUGUUAAAUACAUGUACAUAUAGUCCUGGAAAUCAAAAAGCACCAUGAUGACAAAUUUAUCAAAUCUUUACAAUUUGAAGAUUACCACCAGUAUAAUAUUAUGAAGAAAUUGGUUGUAAAAUAGUAUGAUUUAGGAAUAAUAUGACAUCUUUCCCACCCAUUUCAUCGGAAAUACGAAUGAGCAAAAUUUUGGAAGGUGAUCAAAUGAAUGAUUUAUUAUGCAUUUAUCUUUGCAACAACUACUAACAAUUGCCUUAUUUUUACUUCUACAGAUUGGAAAUGGGCAGCUCAUAUUUAGUCCUCCAAUUAUAUUACAGACAGAUGACUAUUUUUUAUAUAACAUCAUAAUUGGUGAUGUUUAUUGACAUUUGAUUGUUUAGUAUGUAACUUUUAAUAUUGUAUUAUAGUCCUUUUCAUAUGACAGUGCGAUUAUGACAUUACAUGCUGCAUGAUUUCAGUAUAAUAACUGAAACAGAAUACUGUAUUGUAAAAUAAAUUAAUUCAAGCAAGAAAUUAAUACAUGUACAUGAUUGUAACCCAUUGUUAAUUGCAUUUAAUUCAAGUCCUGUCUAUCAGCAGUAUAUUCAAAAUUAACAUAACAAUGAUGUAUUUCACUGAUUGAUAGAGCUAUCUCAACUGAUAAUGUAUUCUUUUCUGACAGGUUACUAUUAAUAGUAUGCUACGGAACUGUAUUACAUUGACUCUGGAAGCAUGUUGAUAUAGUAAUUUUAAAAUAGAGACAUUAAUUUCAUGAUGCAUUAGUUUGUUGUUUUACAGUUGAUCUACAUGUAUGUAGUGAUUGGAGUAUAAUAAUAUUAAAUGAUGAAUAAAGUGUUGAUAAAUUGUAUAAAA